CUGGAUUCUGGACUUCCAAGGUUGCCCCUACCACAUCUUCACAUCUUCACAUUCUCAACAUCUUCUUUCUUCGUUCCUCUCUCAAUUUCGAAUUCUCUAUCGAUAAUCCCCGCGUCGGGACACGUUUUUCCCGUCUCCAAUGACCGCUCUCGCGACCUGAAUCUCGGUUUUAACCCCCCUGCGCCCGUUUUUUCCUUUAUUGUGACACCAUGGCGAAUAUGUUGAGUUCGACAUGGCGUUCCUUUUGGCAUACCAUGACCUCCUAUGACCGUCAUGCCUCCCACGACUCCCCCUACCGUACCGGGAGACACGUCCCUCUCAGCCAAAGUCGCCACGAGCCGCUCACAUCUGUCGCAACCAGUGCAAUCGAGUCUCGCCCAGACCUCUCCAAUCCCUACGAUGACGAGCCCACAAAAGGAUCUGCAAGUGCACAAGCAUCCGAGUGGAAUGGCUCCCCCGAUGACUUGGGCUCUCCCACCCAUCCCUACUCACCAGGGAUGAGGUCGGUCGCAUCUCAGAAGAGACAAUCGAACGACCAAGGCGAGGGUGCACCAGAGAUUCAGAUGCAAAGUUUCCACGACGGAGCACCACCGCCGCCGCCGGUCGCUCACUCCUGGAGGAAGAUCGAACGCUGGUUAGAACACAAUUAUGAGGAACUCCUUGACCAGCUCGGUGAAGGAUGUACCCAGAACGAUAUUAACGAAUUGGAGCACGAACUCGACUGCAGUCUGCCAUUAGAGGUGCGGGAAUCGUUGAUGUUCCAUGACGGCCAAGAACGUGGCGGCCUACCCACCGGUGUCAUCUUCAGCGCUAUGCUGCUCGACUGCGAGGAGAUCGUUCAGGAAUGGCGGAACUGGAAAAAGGUCAACGACGAAUAUCUCAGCAACGCAACUAUGAUGCAAAACCCACCUGCACCCAGCUCUGCAGCAAGCUCCUCCGCGGCCGGUCCGUCUCAGCAGGCCUCAUCCACGAUGUGGCAAUCAGAACUGCUCGACCGUCAGGACUCCCAGCCUCCCGGUGCGGUUCAGAAAGCCUACGCACAUCCCGCUUGGAUUCCCCUCGCCCGUGAUUGGGGCGGCAACAACCUGGCCAUUGAUCUGGCACCCGGCCCCGCUGGAAAAUGGGGCCAGGUGAUUAUUUUCGGCCGGGAUUACGACUGCAAAUACGUGGUUGCCCGGUCGUGGGCUGGGUUCCUCGCGACUCUCGCCGAAGAUCUGUGCAGCGGUCACGUCAUUGUUGACGAGGAGACGAAUGAGCUGAAGCUGAAACAAUUCAAGUCCCAAAAUGUGGAGCCUCCAUACAUGGAUAUCCUGCGCUGGAGGACUGAUCAGAAGUUUGGCCGCCGUGCACCUCGCCGGAAGGGCCCCGUACCCAAUGGUCUGGGUGUGAAUGCUUCAGGCAACCGCUCCAGCAGUCGCGAGUCCCCCUAUGGCAGCCCCACGCGCGCUGAAGAACGGGGCCGUUCGCCGCACCGUUUCUCCAAAGGUGGAAAUGCCCAGAGUCCUAAGACGCCAUUCGGCGUUUCCAGUCCUCUUGCACGCGUGACUGAGGAAACAACAAGUCCUGUUGUUACUGCAGGACCCGCAAUCUCCGAAGACGCCAAGGAAAACGGCAAGGAGCCUCAGACUGAAGAUCUCAUGGAGAUUGUAACCCCGCAAAUCUCCAAUAAGGAGAAUGAAGGGUUCCCCAAGCCCAAUGAACUUAAGGAAUCCGACAAGGCCGAGAAAACCGAGAAAAUCGAGAAAACCGACUCCGCGGAGUCCUCAACCGCCAUUGAGUCGGAGGUCCUCGGCGAAAUGAAGAACGUGGCUAUUUAGAGUAAGCCUUGCUUUUUGAGCCCGGGCAGUCCUGUUUUCUCUCGAGUCUCGGUUUUUCAAGGGCAUCCGGCGUCAAUGUGAAACUUAUGGAUGUGCGACAAGGUUCUGCUUCUGCUUCUGUUUCUACUUCUGCUUCUAUGUAUAGAAUUCCCCCCUGUUCUUCUUCUAGCCUCAGUCCCACGGCAUUUGUUGUAACUCUAGGGUGCUGUUUUGCUCCGCUUCUGCUUUUUUUUUACCUUUUCGUUUUGGUUUUCCUUUGCCAUCGAGAUGGCUCUGUGUUUACGGUCUUUGAUGUUUUUUGCCUGUAAUUCUAUGAUGACAGUCUGCCUUGUUCGUUCGUGCUGG